AUGCUCAUCCCGACAGUGAAUCAGCCGCUGCUGCUGCUGGUGUUGCUGUUAUUCGACCUAGUUCCACCGUCACUUGGUCAAGUACUCGAGAAAUCCCGAUCGGUAUGGGUCGAACAGGGACUGGUUCGAGGAAAAAUCUACAACAUCGAUGGCCGGCAUAUUCAAAUAUUCCGCGGAAUUCCGUACGCUGAACCUCCUCUUGGGAAUCUCCGAUUUGCGAAGCCAGUGAAGAAGGCCCGAUGGCAUCAGGAGCUGUCGGCGGUCGAGUAUGGCCCUCCGUGCAUACAGUUCAUGGAUUUCCACCGUUAUGAUAAGUUUUCUGCUGAGAACAUGAAACGUCAGAGCGAGGACUGUCUCUAUUUGAAUGUUUUCAGCCCUUACGUGAGUGACUCGCUUUUUCCAGCGGUCAGCUUGUACGUUGAAAAUCAAGUAUCCAAUUGUAGGAUCACGAGGACGAAUCAAAGACUUUCCCGAUCAUCGUCUGGAUUCACGGCGGUUCCUUUCUUAGCUGGUUCAGCUGAUACUGGGAUCGACAUGGAGACAGUAGCCAGGAACAUUAUCUUCAAAGGGAUCACAUUCGUCACCAUCAACUAUCGCCUCGGACCACUCGGUUUCAUUGUUAGACGAUCUGGCGACAACAAUGUAGAUUCAAAUAUUGGUAUUUGGGACCAGGUGAUGGCUCUCCAGUGGAUUCAGUCGAACAUAAAGCAAUUCGGAGGCGAUCCUUCUCGGGUCACGUUGAUGGGCGAGUCGGCCGGUGGUGCUGCAUGCAGCCUACUAGCACUUAGUCCCAGAACUGAAGGGCUGGCCCAACAAGCGAUUAUCAUGAGCGGAUCGGUCACCGCUGGAUGGGCUAUUCAUAGGCAUGGGAUUCCUAGUUGGAGUUUGGAGAAUCUCGUGAGCUAUUUGAGAUGUGAAAGACUGAUCAGUGGUGCAGAAUACGCUUCGGAAGUGGUCGGCGAUGAGUACAAAGCCGAAGAGUUGGAGCAAAAGAAGUGCAAUUAUCAGAACGAGCUGGUGCCUUGCCUGACGUUAGGAGUUUCAAAAAUAGUGGUAGAUGGAGAUCUAGUACCGACCUCAGGCCUGGACCUUGUACGAAACUACGCACGGAUCCCAAUCAUGACCGGUGUGGCACGAAAGGAAUGGGGACAUAAGAAACCUCAGUUCUACAACCUGCAUCGAAAAUCGUCCCUGACCGCUGAUGAGGCUGGAGAGAGCGUGUUUCGGAUCGUUGAAGGUUCUUUUCACGACACGUCUCCCGUCAAGCUCAACAACGCCACUUUGCACCUCGUCGCAAAUGCAUCUUUCGUUCGGUAUAUCGAUGAUCCGUCGAACACGUUUGAGACGAGCCGAGUGAUCUCUGCCUUACAAACGAUGGAGGCAGACAUUGAAUUCGUGGCGCCAUGUCAGAGGGAAAUUGACGCUUACAUACAAAACAACGUCACAGUCUUCGCUUAUUCGUUUGACUAUGUGCCGAAGAGCCCCAUUUUCGAAGUGGAGAAGAAAAUGUUCAGCUUGUUCGGGAAUGAACCCGUCACCAUAACACGGAAAGACCAAACACUAAAGGAUCGUAAAUUGGAAGCAUUCCACGGUUUGGAUCACGCAUUCAUUUUCUCUAAAGGAUAUAGUAGCAAUUUCGAGAUCCGGCCCUUCACAAAGGAGGACGAGAACAUGGCAAAAAUCCUCACAAACAUGAUCACCAAUUUCGCAAAAACUGGUGACCCUUCAACAACACGGUUCAAAUGGCCACCGUUCGGCGGUAACAAAUCUACCGAGCAUGUCUCCAUCAACCUCCCACCGAAGAUCAUCCAAGGGGAACUUCACUGGCCUCAUCCUAAAUUCUGGAAUGUUGAGGCAGAGCUGAUUAGUCGACACGCCGCUCACGAAGGAGAGGUCCCAGUUGAUCCAGAUGCUGACUUAACCAAUGAAGAAAGAGUUCAGCUGAGCGCGUAUCGACGAGCGUGGUGGGCGUUAUGGUUGCUGGUGGCAGUGCUAGCGAUCGUAGUCUGGGGUAUCGUCAUAUAUGCGGUCGUCUCAAAAGGCAGCAGUCCCCGAAACAAGCCCUACGAUAACAUCGUCAUCACGCGAUGA